UCCGGGAAAAACCACGGGGCUGUCCAGGCGCCACAAGGAAAUCAGCUGAAAGGCCAUCAACAUGGGAUAAAACAUCCCCUCCUCCUUUCUGGAAACCAUUUGGAUCCAUUAAGUACCGGGGGUGGGCCAUCCAAAUCAGUCCCACCUCCCUGCAGAGGGGAAGGGUCGUGGAGAAGUCCAGUUGCACCAGGAAGUGAUCCGACCAUGACACUUCUUUUGUUUUGGUUUCACUUCAUGUCAGAUCACCCACAUCCAUAGAGGUGAACAUGCCAGGUCAAGUCCUCCAUCCAAGUCGUGGUCUUAUGAAUCAUUGACCUGGCAUUGCACAGCAGCCCCUUCAGGUCACGUGGGUCUCCCUUGCUGAUUCCAGUAUCCUUCUGGUCAAGACCAGACCCGGAGGGAAGGAUAGUCCUCAAACAAUGACUAAACCGGCCUCCUCGGUAAUGACGUGGUCUGGUCUUAGUGCAACUCCUCCUCCUAGUGCAUCCCCACCCCCACCCUGGGGAACUUGCCCCUGCCAUUCUGUUGAAUGGGGCCGACUCCCAGACAGCCCUGACCCCCUCACCUAAAGAACAAAACUAUACAAACUAUAGAAAACUAUAUCAACUAUACAAAAAAAAUAUUAACUAAUAAUAAUAAAAACUAUUCCGUAACAAUGCAUUUGCUUUGUAGGAUAUGCUAGAGCUUCUCAUUAAGAGAGAAUUUGGCAGAAGACCAAAGGGUUCCUUCCGAUCUCUCAGAGGCUUCCUGAGAGCACAGAUGGAUGAUCAAGUUUCAGCUGGCCCUGAAGCAGGAAGAGGCCAUGCCAAUCAAACUGGGAGCAGUGGGGGAUUCUGGGAAAACUCUGUGCAGAAGAUCCUGGGUGAGGAGGACACCCUCCGCUCAGAGGUGCAGAGCCAGCAGUUCAGGCAGUUCUGCUUCCAGGAGGCCAAAGGACCCCGAGAGGUUUGCAGCCGACUCUACCACCUUGAUCGUCAGUGGCUGAAGCCAGAAAGGCACACAAAAGCUGAGAUGCUGGAUCUGGUGAUCUUGGAGCAGUUCCUGGCUGUCCUUCCCCCGGAGAUGGAGAGCUGGGUGAGGGACUGUGGAGCGGAGACCAGUUCGCAGGCGGUGGCCCUGGCCGAAGGUUUCCUCCUGAGUCAGGCAGAGGAGAGGAAGCAGAAAAGGGAUCGUUUUGCAGAAGUGGACCUGGAUUCCUGUGAGGCAGAGAGGCCUCCGUUGGACACCAGAGAGAGGCCACUGGGAGACAGAAUGAUGCUGGCAAGAACUCCUGAUCCAUCUUUUCAUGGGGGCAGAAGGGAAGCAGCAGCUGUGGAACCAGAUCAGGGUCCAGUGUGCUUUGAAGAUGUUGCUGUUUGUUUCACGGAUGAGGAGUGGGCGUUGCUGGAUCCUGACCAGAGAGCUCUGCAUAAGGACGUCAUGGAGGAGAAUCGUGAGAUCGUGGCCUCUCUUGAUUUUGAUAAAUUGGAAAACAAGAACAAGGAUGAACAUGACAAAACCCCCGGAGAGGAGAAGCCAUGCAAAAAUUUGGAAUGUGGAGAGAGCUGCAGUCAGAGCUCCCAUUCCACUUCCCAACAAAGAAUUCUCAUGGGAAAGAAACCCUAUCAGUGCAUGGAAUGUGGAAAGAGCUUCAGUCAGAGCUCCUCUCUCACUUCCCAUCAAAGAAUUCAUACAGGGGAGAAACCCUAUCAGUGUGGGGAAUGUGGAAAGAGCUUUAGUAUGAGCCACAAUCUCACUUCCCAUCGGAGAAUUCAUACAGGAGAGAAACCCUAUCAGUGCUUGGAAUGUGGAAAGAGCUUCAGUCAGAGAGGCCAUCUAACUUCCCAUCAGAAAAUUCAUACCGGGGAGAAACCCUAUCAGUGCAUGGAAUGUGGAAAGAGCUUCAGUCAGAGCUCCUCUCUCACUUCCCAUCAGAGAAUUCAUUCAGGAGAGAAACCCUAUCAGUGUGUGGAAUGUGGAAAGAGCUUUAGUAUGAGCUACAAUCUCACUUCCCAUCUUAGAAUUCAUACAGGGGAGAAACCAUAUCAGUGCGUGGAAUGUGGAAAGAGCUUCAGUCACAGUUUCCAUCUCACUUCCCAUCAGAGAAUUCAUUCAGGAGAGAAACCCUACCAGUGCAUGGAAUGUGGAAAGAGUUUCAGUCAGAGCUCCUCUCUCAAUUCCCAUCAGAGAAUUCAUACUGGGGAGAAACCAUAUCAGUGCAUGGAAUGUGGAAAGAGCUUCACUCAUAGCUCCUAUCUCACUUCCCAUCAAAGAAUUCAUACUGGGGAGAAACCCUAUCUGUGCGUGGAAUGUGGAAAGAGCUUCACUAAGGGCUCCUAUCUCACUUCCCAUCAGAGAAUUCAUGCAACGGUUGGAAAAACCAUUAUACAGCUUUAGGAGCCAGGCAAAUCUGCACCUUGUUAACCAAGCCUUUUGCUGAUUGACAUCUAAUGCCCUUUUAAAAUGUGGUAGU